AUGGAGGUAGUAAUGGAGGGGACGAUUGACGGCAAUAACGUGUCGAAUGUUCACUAUGGCACGCAACUCCCACCUAUGGAUGGCGGAAUGAAUGCCUGGCUGUUCCUCGCUGCAUGCUUUGUUAUGGAGGCUCUCGUCUGGGGAUUCGCAUUCACCUACGGUGUUUUCCAAGCGUAUUACAGCGAUAUCCCGCAAUUCAAGGACUCUGGUAAUAUCGCUGUCGUUGGAACCUGCGCUAUGGGAAUCAUGUAUCUCGACCUCCCUCUUGUCUUUGCCGCCUACAGCUCCCUCGCUACAAACACCAACCUCCUCAUCAUAACUCAAGGAAUCUUCUAUGCGCUUAGCGGCAGCAUCGCCUAUGCCCCCUGCAUUCUCUUAAUGGAAGAGUGGUUCGACCGACGAAAGGGCCUCGCCUUCGGCGUCAUGUUGGCCGGCACCGGAAAUGGCGGUGUCGUCCUCCCUAUCGUCAUGGAACAGCUGCUGGGUAAGUACGGAUUCCGAAUCAGCCUGCGUGCCUUCGCAGUCGUGCUGUUUAUCCUCACCGCGCCUCCACCACCCCCGAACUUCCGGUUCAUGUUUACGUCCACCUUUGCACUCUUCGAAUUUUGCAAUACUGUCGAGGCCCUCGGGUUUUUCUUACCAUCUAUCUACCUCCCGACUUACACAGGCAUGAUCGGCGCCUCGAGCUCCCUCCAAGCACUCACUGUUAUCCUCUUUAACUUGGCCUCCGUCGUUGGGUGCGUGCUUAUGGGCGCCAUCAUCGACAAACUCGAUGUGACACUGUGCAUUCUCGUUUCAACUAUCGGAUCCUCUAUUGGCGUCUUCAUCAUCUGGGGCUUCUCCAUGUCCCUUGCUCCUCUGUUCAUCUUCUCAAUCGUAUACGGACUCUUCGCAGGCUCGUACACCAGUACCUGGCCUGGUAUUAUGCGGGAGGUAGUCCGCAAAAAGCCCUCCGCUGAAUCAAGCAUUGUCUUUGCUUGUCUUGCAGUCGGAAGAGGCGUCGUAAAUUUGGCUUCAGGUCCCCUUAGUGAGGCUCUAAUUCAUGGCAAGCCGUGGGAGGGGGAUGCUGGGUAUGGAUAUGGGAGUGGAUGUGGAUCCCUGAUUGUUUUCACGGGUGUCACAGGCAUCGUGGGUGGUGGAACUUAUAUUGCGAGGCGUAUGAAGUGGUUGUAA